AGUCGUCAAUUAUUAAAUUUAGAAUUGGAAACACGUAGGAUACAUGACAAAAUUUUAUCCAAAACUGUAGCAAACAGACAAAUAUACAGGAAAGCACUAGAAUACUGCCCUCCGACUUCGAGUAUUAUAAUACCGGCUCACUUCUAAGCUCUUCGAUCAACUCAUCAAAGUUUAUUGAAAAACAAAAGUAAAACAAUAACAAAACUAAGCAAAAAUAGUUUCAGUGAGCGACCGUACAAUAUAUAUAUAUAUACAACAGUCGUUACCAGAAAAUGUCGAGCGUUCCCAGCCCCUUCCGGGGAAGAAUAGGUGACCCUUUGGACACUUACGCUAUCGAUGUGUGGGACCCUUUGAAGGACUUCUCUUUCUUCUUCCCGGACUACACUUCUCCUACUUCGGCCGGCGAAGAAUCGUCAAUUCCGGUACCUUCUCAGGUGAAGAAAGAAGAAACUAAAGUCAGUUACGAAAACGAUAGAGUACUGUUCCAGGUUAGUGGCAAGGAGGAGAAGGAGAAGGAGAAGAAAAUAAGGUAUGAUGAGCAGGGAAGAGGAAUGUUCUUGAGGUGGCUUAGGUUACCGGAGAAUGCUAAAUUGGAUCAAGUAAAGGCUGGCAUGGAGUGUGGUCUUCUCACUAUGGUUGUCCCUAAGGCAGAGGUGAAGAAGCUUGAUGUUAGUAAAGCUAUUCAAAUCUCUGGUUCAUGAGAUUUUCAGAAGCUAUUAUAUACAGUACUCGUUUAAUUAUGUCAAUUCUAUUUGAUUAUUAAAAAAAAAAAUGACAAUUCUGUGUAUAAUAAGUGUUUGCAUGUCCUUUUAGAUUAGUUGAAUAUAAAUGAGUAAGUGUAACAUGUUCAUGUGUUUAUUAUCUGUUUUAUAAUAUUAUUAUUGUAAAAAUAAAUAAUAGGAAAUAAUUGUUCGCUUUGUUAUAAAUUUAAAGAUCAUCAUUAUAAUAAUAUUUGACAAAUUUUAAAUA